AUGGAUAUAGAACGGUUAUUAAAGUUAGGUAAGGAGUUGGGUUUAGAAGGUGAAACAUUGAAACAGUUUGUAGAUGAGGAAACGGCACAUGAACGUGAGGAGAAAGUUCGGGAGCGUGAGGAGAGAGUACGAGAAAGGGAAGAUAAGUUGUUAGAAAGGCAAAGUAGAAUGGAUGAGUUAACUGCGAAAGAAGGUAUUGUCAGUAAAGAGAUUGAGUUAGAAAACCUUCGUCAUGAUUUCGACGGAUUUCGAAACAUGUUCAGAAAUGCAAAACCAGAGACGGGUGAGUUUUCGGGUCCUUUCUUUGUAAGGUUAGAGAGUUAUCUUGAUCGUUGGAUCGAAUUGUCAGAUUCGGAGCAAACAUUUGAUAGUUUAAAGGAUUUACUACUUCAUGAACAAUAUAUGCAGUCUUGCCCUAAAGACCUUGCAUUAUUUCUGAAGGAACAUAAACCUAUAAAUGUAAAGGAACUUGCUGAGUUAGCUGAUCGGUAUAUUCAGGUUCACGGGAAUCAGUAUGUUCGGGCUAGAAAUACAACAUAUGGUAAAUCAAAUAGUUAUGGGUCAAACGAGUAUACAGGUGAUUAUCAAAAAUGUAUUUUGAUAGAUGGAAGUGUUAAAUCUGUUCCAGUAGCCCGUUUGGAAGUAAAUACGCCUUAUUUUCAAGGAAAAGUAACGGCUUUAUGUAUGGAGAACCCGGUAUGCGAUGUAAUAAUUGGUAAUAUUGCAAAUGCACGAAACCCGUUUGAUCCUGAUUUGAAUUGGAAUGUUACUUUUGAUAAAGAAGGGUGUGAUGAAUCCACAAUAGAAACUGGUAAUUAUGUCGAAACGAGAGCUCAAAUAAAAAGUAAGAAUAAAGUUUUCAAAGGUAUAAAUGUUCCAAGAGCUAUAGAUUCAGUAAGAGCUCAUGAUAUUCAGUUGGGACAAGAUAAUGACAAAUCACUAGGUAAAGUAAGCGAGAAAGCUAGUUCUGGCGAAGAAAAGGUAAAUGAAAGCAGUGACGAUGAAGACGCAUAUUAUGAGCCAAUUCCCCAAGUUAUUGUUGAACAAAGGGGUUAUGAUGAUGAUUACAAUGCUGAACACAAAGACAAAGAGACUGGUAUAGAACCAGAACAGGUUCCAGAGGACACAACUCUAGAUAACCCUGUUGAGGAAGUUUUAGACCUGCCUGUAGUACCAGAAUCGCCAACAACUUCAGUUAGCGAUGAUGGAAUACGCCGAUCAAGUCGUAAUCGCCAACCACCCGCUCGACUUACAUACGACAUGGAUGGUAACACUAGUGAAUGA